AUGAGCAAAACCCUAAACCUGCUGGACAUGUGGAACAAUUUUCUCUUUAUAGAUGAAUAUAAACCUGAAGUGAAUGUAUCAUGCUAUAGUAUAAACCGAGGUUUUGAUCACAUCUUCAAAAUAGGCAAGGUAAUGGAGGGGAACCGGUUAAUCGUCGGUGAUGAACCAUUUCUGUACCAUCGUUCUGUGAAUGUUAUUGAUGAUUUAUAUGGUAAAUACGUAUGGAUAAACAAUAUACUAUUAGAGGAUGGUUCAUUCAAGUGUAAUACAAUAGGAUUUAAGAAAGAAAACGACACAUGCAUUAGACUGGUUAGGAAAGUAAUUGACUUUGACGUUAACGAAGUUCCAGAAAUGCCAUUGGAAAUGGAGAUGAAGAACUUUUUAGAAUCAAAAAAGCAAGUUUACUCGGUAAAGAGGUCGCUUGUGAGAUCACCAGUUAUAGGUACAAUUUACUGUGGCGAAUACAUUAUGCACGAUGACAGAUGCGGGAUUCUAGAAAAAAGCAUAAUCAUUGAUCGAUCCAAACACGGAAACCUAAUUGUGACCAUAAACGAAGAAAAUAAUGACUGGACAACAAAUAGCGCAAGCUACGAAUUUAUUCCCCAAGAAAAUGGUAUACCAUUUGUUGCUGUGCAGGAUAUCUAG